AUGACCACAGGGCAUGUCUUCUACUCCAGUACCCCGUCGACCUCUACGCCACUGCACAAGGCCCGCCGUUCGGUGAAGAACCCUUCGAGUAUCAAGAAGAAACGGAGACGGCUUGCCACUUCCGAUAUGUUCAACGCAACAGCCUGUCUGGCCCGAUAUGCAGAGCCCGUCUUCUGUCCCACCAAUGCAACCAUGUUUGCUCAGGGUUCCCCCUUUCCCGCAUCCGCAACUCCCAACGACUUGAUCUCUUGCGACGCUCAAAAGGCCCUGCACAACGACGACGACGACCAAGACGAUGAUGACCGAGAAGAUGAUGACGGCGGCGUUCCUCUCCCGCAUCCGGACACUUGCCGCGAUGAAGAAAUAUAUACCUCCUUCCCCAAUGUACAUACCACGACCGACACAGAUAUCCCUGAUGCGAAUUACCAACAGGAGCUGGACUCCCAACAACCUCUAUUUACUGCAGCAUCUGGCUCUCCCGGCAAUCUGAGGCUAGCACGUCCGAGGCCAGAGACACUCGACUUGUGGAUGGAAGAAGACAGCCGGAGGCUGCGGCUCGCGCUCGAUGGCGAUGGCCCUCAGGAAGUGCCUCAAUUCGACUUCCACCGAGCUCGUAAUAGUGCCGCACCCCGCCGGCAAGAUAGUGUGCGCGUGCGCUCAUCUACCACGGAUCUCCGGCAAUCUUCACGCAAUCGUCCACGUCCAAUGACAUCGACCCGUCUUCCGACACCUUCGCCUACCAGUGUGGCACCAGGACACAACUCUGCUGUCUUGAGCGACGAGACCACGGACGACAUGUUCCUCAAUCUUGAAGGCUUGCCAGUGGAUGAUCCACGCCGAAACUACGACUUUGCCGACUUCAUGGACAAAUGGAGGCUACGUUCAAUGCGCGAUCCGAGCCUUCCCCUCUUCGAGCCAGGUCUGCAACCAUCUGUCAGAAUCGGAAGAUCUCAAUCAGAGAUCACACGGAAGCGGGUUGAUGCUGGCUCGGUAGACAUGCAGGGGAUCGAUUGGCAAUUGAUCGGAUCGCCAAGAACUCAUGCAGCUCUUGCGCGUGCUCUGCUGCACCCAUCAGCUAGCGGCACGCAUUCAGUGCCCAGCCAGCGACCAAGACCCAGACCCAGACCAGCGUCACAUGAAGCUGAACGACAUUACCGCUUCAGGUCUUUUCUACCAAACCCUAAAGCAAAGUUCAAUCACUACCAAUUACGCAACGUCCUCGCAGCCAGCAGUCGAAAUGAGAUUUUGUAUUCCACCGGGACCGCGGUCAAUCGGGCGUCGCUUGCCUGUCCUUCCACUACAGAGACAGUGAUGGAUCUUGCCAAACCUCUCUGUCCGGGUGCGACAUUCCACGUUACUUGCCUGUCGGCUUCGCCACGGUAUCAACUCCUCGCCUCCGGAGCAGACAGUGUGCUCAUCGCCGGUGGUGUCGGCGGCGAGUAUGCGCUGAUGAAUCUGGAUGGUGCUAGCCAGCGACCGGAAGAAGGGUUUGUCACGCAUGCUUUCAACGGCCUGGUCACUCACAUACAUAGCUUUGCAGAUCGACGUUCUGGACUUCUGCGAGCUGCCUUCUGCUCUAACGACCGGAAGUUGCGAACCAUGGAUGUGCGAAGUCUGCGAUUCACCAACGAGUUUUCAUACGACCACGCAAUUAAUGCCUCUGCUACAUCACCCGAUGGUCGGCUGCGAGUGCUUGCAGGCGACAGCUCGGAAGUGCUUAUUGUAGAUAGCGAUCGCGGACAUCCAAUUGUCACUCUUCACGAUCUUGAUGAUAACUGCUUUGCAUGUGACUGGUCGCAAGACGGGAGGCAUGUCGCUGCCGCCGCCGAGGAUGGUAGGACUGCCAUCUGGGAUGCGCGCAACUGGAGCAAGCCGGUCCGCACACUGGGUAGCACCAUGUCUUGCGCGAGAUCGCUCAAUUUCACGGACAAUGGCGCGCUCGUGAUUGCGGAGAAUGACGAUGUAGUGAAGGUGUAUGACGCCGGAAAGUUUGAUGCUUGGCAAGAGAUUCGAUUCUUUGGAUCCAUCGCAGGCGUGGCAUUGCUCGAUGGAGGAAGUGAGCUUGUGGUCGCCAAUGGCGACGAGACGGUCGGCGGUCUCUUGACGUUUGAAAGGACGGAUCGGGGUCUAGGUAAUGGGACUUUUGACGAGGUUGUUGCGCAAGCGGGAGGGAGUGGGAGACCUCGUCGGCGUGUCAGGAGGGACCUGGAGAUGAUGCAUGAUCUCAUGGUGUAG